AUGUUCAACUCCACCAAUGCUGAACAGCUCCAGCUUGCCAACCGGGCUCUGCAAGAUCGUGAGCUCAUCAGCCUACCUCUGACGACUGUGGACCACCUGGUGGACGUAAUGUUCAUUGUCGACAUCAUCAUCAACUUCCGUACCACAUAUGUGAACAAAAACGAUGAGGUUGUCUCGCAUCCACGAAAGAUUGCCACUCACUAUUUCAAGGGCUGGUUCAUUAUUGACCUGGUAGCAGCAAUACCAUUUGAUCUGGUUUUUUCACGCAAUCCCAAUGAUCAGCCGGCCGCUCUUAUUGGCCUUCUAAAAUCUGCUCGUCUCCUACGGCUAGUGGGUGUGGUGCGCAAGCUGGAUCGUUAUUCAGAGUAUGGUACAGCUAUCCUCCUCUUGCUAACCGCAUUCUUCGCGCUAAUCGCACAUUGGCUGGCUUGCAUAUGGUAA